AUGAGCUACGCAUUGCGUCGAGUUGCCAGAUCACCGUUCUUAAGGGACAUUGAAAGGGCACCUAUGCCGAGUAGAUUUACACGGCCACUGUUUAAUUCUUACGAUGGAAAGACAGACCCGAUGGAGCAUGUAAGCCAUUAUAUUCAAAUGAUGUCUUUGCACACUCAUAAUAAUGCACUGAUGUGUCCCACUGCUUUGAGAUGGUUCAAUGGGUUAAGGAAAGGCUCGAUUCAUAGUUUUCCUGAAUUGAUUCAAGAGUUUGGUGUUCGGUUCAUGACCUGCAGCCGAGUUCCACAGCCCGUAGAUGCAUUACUAUCAAUGAAAAUGGUGGCUGGGGAAACCCUCCGUAGUUAUGCUAGCCAGUACUGGGAGUUGUACAACGAGAUUGGCAAAGGUAAUGAAAAAAUUACAGCGAGCACUUUCCAGAUGGAGUUGCCCGAGGAUUCUGAAUUAUGGGACUCAUUGACAAAAAGGCCUCCCCAAGAUAUGAGGCCUCGAAAAGAUUUGAGGAUUCAAGAGCUAGGGCCACAAGUGGGGGAAGUGAAUGUAGCCUUCAAGGAGCCGGUGCACAGGAUUGUGGAUCGAAUCAAGAAUGAGCCAUACUUUUGGUGGUCGAACAAGAUGGGGGGUGACCCUUCAAGGAGGAAUCAGAAUCUAUACUGUACUUACUAUAGGGAUAAGGGGCACACCACCGAACAAUGCACAGUGUUAAAAGAUCAUCUAGAGCAGUUGGUGAAGGAGGGGUAUUUGAAAGAGUUUGUGGUUGACCCCAGGAAUCAGGAAGUUGGGUAG